AGAGCAGUUCAGUUUAAACACGGAACUUUUAUCCUUAUUUUUAUUCCUAAUAACUUUAUAUAAGUUUACAGAGAUAUUAAAGUUUCCUCCGCCAUGAUCUCCGCUCUCGCUGACCGAUAUCACGCGUUUCUGGAGGAGAAAAACCUGCUGAGUGACUGUUUAACUACACUGGAGCAGAAGAGUGGAAUUAAUAAACACUACAUCAGUACAGGUACCAUCUCCCUCAUGGUGCUGUACCUACUGUUUGGUUAUGGUGCCUCUCUGCUCUGUAACCUGAUUGGUUUCGUUUAUCCUGCGUACGCUUCAGUUAAAGCUAUAGAGAGCAGGAAUAAGGACGAUGAUACUCAGUGGUUGACGUACUGGGUGGUUUACGGUCUCUUCAGUAUCUCUGAGUUCUUCUCAGAUAUUUUCCUCUUCUGGUUCCCGUUUUACUACGCUGGUAAGUGUGUGUUCCUGCUGUGGUGCAUGGCCCCGGUCUCCUGGAACGGUUCUCAGCUCAUCUACGCCCGGCUGGUGCGCCCGUUCUUCCUGCAGCACGAGGCGGCGCUGGACAGCGUGGUGAAGGACCUCAGCGCUAAAGCUAAAAGUGCAGCUCAGAGCGCCGCUACAGAAGGUUUCACCAUGUUGGCUGAAGAGAAAAAUAAAUAAAUAAAUAAAUAAAUGAAGACGUGAAGCUGAUGGAUGCUGCUGUUUCUCACCACUGAGCCUUUAACUCAUCUCGUCUGAACCCGUGUGUGUGGAGCUGUGACUGAAGAGCAACACUAUAUUAAUAUAAGACUAUAAUAAUGUCUGAGCUGUGUGAGUGCGCUGGUGUUUUCACUCCUGUCACUCUGUCUGGGAGUGAAGUGUGAUCAGUUCUGAUCACUUUUAUUCUGUGAUUGAAUAAUAAAGUCCUGAUAGAUUUCAA